AUGGACGAGGGCAGCAAGCAUGAUGAUGAGAAGGAUGAGGAGAACCCCACGCAGGAAAAAUUUGAUGAGGGAAACAGAGUCGAGGAGGAUUCGGGUUCGGAACAGGAAGACGACGAGGAUGAGAAGCGCUUUUCAAAUAUCUCACUAAAGGAACGGCUUCUUGUCAUUAAAAAGUACUUGGUUACGCUUCGCCAGUCGACCAAGAUGGAGGAGCUGGACGAGCAGUUGCGCGAAUACAUUGAAGAAUGGCGCAAACAACGAUCAAAGGAAGAGGACGAGCUCAAGCGCCUCAAGGAGAAGCAGGUCAAACGCAAGCAACUCCGGAAAGAAGAGGAGAAGCGGCUGAUGCAGAAGAAGCGCGAGGAAGAGUUGCGCAGACAGCGAGAAAUCGAGGAGAAGAAGCAGAAGGACGCUGAUGAGAAACUCCGACGCCUGGAGGAGGCCGAGAAGAAGCGUCAGGCCAUGAUGAAGGCGCAGCAGGACAAGAACAAGGGCCCCAACUUCACCAUCCAACGAGGAAUGAAAUCCACGACUGAUGACCCGCGGGCAGAGUUCAACAAGCCAAAGGAACUGCUGGAGGAAGAGAAGAAGGUGUCUUUGGCCAUUCGCAUCAAGGCCCUCAAC